AUGCAUAUCUAUGAGAUGAAUAGUGUAAGUAAAUAGUUCACUAAGACAAAAGAUAUUACUGUAAAUUAAGGUUAAGAUAAUUGGUACUUCUUUCCAUAAUAAUUUAUUAAAUAAAAAUAGAUAUUAGUUAGUAAACAUAGUGGAUAUGUCAAUUUUAUAAGAAAGACAGAAAAAGAUGAAUUUAAAGUUCAGUAAUCUAUUCAAUUUAAUACAAAUACAUUAUUUGGUUAAUUGAGUGAUGAUGGAGAGUAUUUUAUUACUUGGGAUGAUAAAUCUUAAGAAAUUUAAAUUAGAAAAUAUAGAGAAGAAUGA